AUGGCUAACACGUGGCGGGGUUACAGCAUGGGUCACAACCCGACCAGUGGCGUCCUCUCGGUUGAGCGCCGCAAGGAGCUUUAUGCAAUCGCCAGCAAGUACGACAUAAUCAUCGUCGAGGAUGAUCCGUACUGGUACCUGCAGUAUCCCUCGGCCGUUGUGGCGGAGGCCAAGUCUCGGGGGUUGGAGCCCGCCAAGUCGUCGGGUUACCCGUUCCUCGACUCCUUGACUCCGUCGUUCCUCAGUGUCGAUACCGAGGGCAGAGUCAUCCGUCUCGACACAUUCUCCAAGACGAUUGCGCCGGGAUGCCGACUGGGCUGGAUCACGGCGCAGCCCGCCAUUAUUGAGCGCCUGCUGAGGAUCACCGAGGUCACCACCCAACAGCCUUCAGGCUUCGUGCAAUCCACCGUGGCCGAGCUGAUCAUGGGCGAACAGCCCGCCGCGGCGCGAUCCGCCUUCGCCGCCCUUACCUCGCGUCAGAAGCAGACGUUCGAGGGCUGGAAGAUGGACGGCUGGGUGCGCUGGCUUGAGGGCCUCCGCGGCGUGUACGAGCGCCGCAUGAACCGCAUGUGCACGAUCCUCGACGAGGGGUCCAUCCAGCUGAAGCAGUCGACGCCGCGCAGCGCCGACGACGCCGACUGGGGCGUCGUCAGCAAGACGAAGCUCUACGAGUUCGACUGGCCGCGCGGCGGCAUGUUCAUCUGGCUCAAGCUCCGCCUCGAGACGCACCCGCUGUGGCAGGCGACGGGCGGGCAGAAGGUCCCGCUGCUCGACGGCGAGAGCCUGUCGACGGCGCUCAUGUUCCUGGCGACCAAGAAGCCGUACCGCGUGCUCGUCAGCCCGGGCCUCAUCUUCAGCGCGACGCCGGCGAUCCGCGCCGAGCGGGGGUGGGCGUACUUUCGUAUAUGCUUCGCGGCCGAGACGGAGGAGAACAUUGACCUCUGUUCGCAGAAGCUGGCCGAUGCAAUUCAGAAGUUCUGGAGGAUCAAGAAGGUGGAGGAGGUGGAGGACUUGCUUGGCGACUUUGUCCCGCCUCAGGACGACGAGGUGUUUGGCAACCUGGGUACCUUCAUGGGAUGCUGA